AUGGCGACGUCUCGAGUGAUGACGUCAUCAUUAAUUUUCCUCGGGACCAUCUGCCUUCAAGCGCUACACGCUCAGGACUCGGCCAAUCUUGCUACAAUCAGUGCACCAGCUGUUGGGGACCCGACAAAUUUUCCUAAUCCCAAAUUUUACGAGAAGAGCACAAAGUACUGUUACGGGGCCGGCAGCAAUUACUGGAAGACAUUUGAUGGGGCCGAGUUCAUCUUUGAAGGUUGCUGCUCGUACACACUUCUGCAAGAUUCGAAGCGAUGGAUAUCCCUGAAGAACCUUCAGUGUGGUUUUGCGGGCAGAGCCAAGGAGUUCACCAUUAAACCAGAUGGCGCCCACACCAUUGUGGCUACCUGCUCAAAUAUCACAGUGAACGAUGAGGCUGUACAAGUGAACAACCUUAACUUGGGAUAUGCAAAAGGAGCUGUUCGAAUAAACAAGUUUGGUGAGUACUACGUCCUGAGAUAUGGAACGCUGACGAUGGGGUGGGAUUGCGAUGGAUCCUGGUUCAUUGAGCUCGAUGAGCCUAUCAACUUCGAUAACUCAACAAACCCCUUCAAAGGAAUGUGCGGCAACUACGAUGGCGUGGCGAAAAACGAUUUGUUAAUAAACGGUGAAGAUGUUGGUGUUCUAAAAUUUGGAGAUUCUCAUAGCUUCAAUUUUGAACAGUGUCCCAAACCUGAGGAUCCUCCAAAAUGUAGUAACAACGUAAUAUUGUUAGAAGCAAAAGAAGUUUGUUCAUCUUUCACAAAAUCACCAUUCAGUGAAUGCCACAAUAAGGUGAGCUACGAAAGCUUCUACUCGAGGUGUAUUAAUGACUACUGUUUGGCUGCUGAACAAUUACCAGGCCAGCAACACGUUUCGAAUGACGUCGCCUGCAACAUUUUUGCUCAGUACAGUUUUCUCUGCGGUAAAGAACAGUUCUGGUUUAAUUGGAGAACUGAAGCAUUCUGCACAAAACAAUGUGCCAACCCCAUCAUGAAGUUCGUGGAAGAUUUUUCUGAAUGCACGCCUUCCUGCCUGAACGUCGAUUCAACGGAAACCUGCAUCGCCAAGAACAAGUAUCCAGCUUGCACGUGCUCCAAUGGCUACCUCUCAGACGGGGACAGUUGUUACCUUCCCAUGGAUUGUCCGUGCACUUUCAGAGGGCAGACAUACGCUGCCGGCGAAUACGUUCAAACGGACUGCGAAAAAUGUUUUUGUACUUUUGGAAAGUUGGAAUGCACACAUUACAAUUUAGCAAAAACUUGUUCUAUCUAUGGUUUUGAACAUGUCACCACUUUCGAUGGAUAUGACUAUUCAUUUAAAACACCGGUGGAUCAAUACACUUUAGUUCAGUCAACGAUUGAGCGAGGUGAACCCGGGUAUCUGCACAUCUCAUUUGAAAAUUUGAACGCAGGAAGCCCUGAAUUUUUUUAUACACGACCAACUUCGUUGAAAAUUGAGUUCUCUUCAAAUCCCUCACAAAACGUCAUACUGGUCGCUGAGGUUAAAAAGCAUAAGUUUGUCGUUAGCAUAAACGAUGUCGUGAAAGAUUUUACUAAAGAAUCAUCAUGCCAAGAAAAUAAUGUUACUGUUGCUUUAAUACGAGACAACGCUUUAAUUAUCAACGGUGAUGGAUUUCAAGUGAGGAUGAUGAGUGGCGGGGAUCUCUUCGUCAGGCUUGGUCUCAAUUAUAUGUCUAAGACAAAUGGUUUGUGCGGCAACUAUAAUGGUAAAGAAGACGAUGAGUUUAUGUCAAAAGAUGGCAUAGUCGAAACAAAAGAGAGCUUCUUGAAAUCAUUCAGUGGCAGUCACAAGUGUUUCAACACAAGCAAAACCGAUCCUUGCACAUCAAACACCGCUGUGGCAGCUAGUGGAAAAUUACAAGAAAAGUGCAAUUUGCUGACCGACCCCACGGUGUUGGGUGCACCUUGUGCUGGUGCUCGAUUCAACAAACAAAAUAAAGAUUACUAUUAUGAAGCCUGUUUGGAAGAUUUGUGCGUUGAAAUCAAUGCGCCAGAUUUAGGCGGCGAUGCACCUCUUCCUUCUGUUUGCCACUACAUUGAAGCCAAGGCGCUUUAUUGCUUGAAAAAUGGAAUCAGCGUAUUUGGGUGGCCGAACAAAACAAUAGCAACAACAUUUUGUCGUGAGUUGUUUCAAUUUUCGCAAUCUUGUUUGUAA